AUGACCCUAGAGCCGGGAAUUUUGGGAGCCAAGUACAAGCUUACACGAAACAGUGCCAAGUAUGCCUCGGCAACCGAUAACCUCGACAUAAGCCAUACGAGAUUAGCCUGGACUUCAUCACCAAGCUACCUCCUUGCCAGCAUAAGGAAGGCAGCUAUCGAGGCGCUUCAAGGCCAGGCCGGCCUUACCGAGGAGGUGCUACAACGCAUCGCAGCACGACUCGAGGAUAGCGACUCGGACGUCCGACAGGCGACUAUCGGGGCGCUUCAAGGCCAGGCCGGCCUCCCCGAGGAGGUGCUACAAUCUCACCCGCCACUGUCCCACAACCGCAAUUCCACAAAAUCCUCCACCGGCUACCCGUCAGCUUCUAGCCCGUUCUACAAACGACUAAAAUGA